UAUAUCAAUAUUCUAAUUCAAUAGUCCAGCACCACCCAUAUUCGACAACAAGAUCAAAAUUCACCCCAACCCAAAGUGAACAGAACUGCUUUCCCAAACAUGAAAAUUCCCAAUACCAUACUCAAACUCUUCCUCUUCAUCCUCUUGAACCCAUCCCAGAUAGCAAUAGCACUAGCAAGUAUAGAAGCAUGUUUAGACAGCGUUUGCCAAACUCACGAGCCAGUAAUCCGAUUCCCGUUCCGCAUAGAGGGAGAGCAAGAGAAUUCAUGUGGCCACCCAGGGUUCAGCGUUUCUUGCAACCACAACGGCCAAACACUACUUAACCUAUCUUACUGCGGCGAAGAACUCAGAAUCCAAAGAAUAAACUAUGCCGCGCAGCAACUAUGGGUGAACGACCCCAACAACUGCCUCCCCAAACGCCUCCUCUCUCUUAACCUCUCCGCCUCUCCCUUCGACGCUGUUUACCGCCAAAAAUUCACCUUCUUCAACUGCUCCUUCAACUUGGAGUACCUCGUCCGUCGUUACCGUCCAAUAAGUUGUCUCAGCGAUUCUCCCAAGUACCUCGUUUUUGCGACGCCUUCUUCGACUGUGUUUGGACACUUGUCGUCUGUGUGUGACUUGGUGGCGACGGUGACGGUGCCGGUUCAGUCGCCGUUUAAUGAUCGAGUGACGUCGUCAGAACUCAGCGACGAUCUGCGAUUCUCGUGGGACUCGCCGUCGUGCGGGAGGUGCGAGUCGCACGGUGGACGGUGCGGAUUCAAGAGCAACGAGACUUUUGAGCUUGAUUGUUCCCUUGUCCCUUCAAAAGGGAUUUCCCAUGGUGCACGUUACGCCAUAGUCAUAUGCAUAGGGGCAACAGCUUUGUUGUGCUGCAUGGGAGUAUUGAGGUGCAUCCACAGCUGGUUAAGAAUCGGGAACCAAGAUGGGCCUUGGGCUAAUGAAACGGUGCCAGAUUUUGAGGCUCUAGCGGGCUCACGGCCCACAACAGUCACGGGCCUCGACAGGCCCACAAUUGAAUCGUACCCAAAAAUAGUGUUAGGUGAGAACAGAGGCUUACCAAAGAAGGGUGACAAGACCUGCUCAAUAUGCCUAUCAGAGUACAUACCCAAAGAGACAGUGAAAACCAUACCAGAAUGUGGACACUGCUUUCAUGCACAAUGCAUCGAUGAAUGGCUUCCACUGAACGCGUCGUGCCCAAUUUGCCGAACUUCUCCACGAAAGUUACCACAACCACGUGCUCGAUCAUCACCACAAUAAUGCUUUAACUUUUUAUCUCUCAUAUUUAUAUACGAAUCACUUUACCACAGAAGAUUUUUAAGACAGGCAUAAUUUGAUAACUAUUACAUUCUCCUGCAUUGUAAUGUGAAACAUACAUAUCUUACAACUAGUAAUGUAAAUAUUUCUUUGCAAAAGUAACCAUUAA